AGUGCUAGUCAACGCGGGUAGUUUGUCGGUCCACGUUUUUUGGCGCGGUCAGAUCUUAGGAAUAAUGGUGAAGUACUCGUGGGAACCUAAAGAUGAAGAUGAAGGUAAAACAUGCAAAGCACGCAUCCCAUAUCUACGGACUCAUUUCAAAAACAUGCACGAAUGUGCUUGUGCGGUAAAGGGGAUGACUCUCCAGCGAGCCCAGACUUACUUAAAAAAUGUCAUCGAAAAGAAGGAAAUCAUUCCUUUCCGCCGAUUUAACGGCGGCGUCGGUCGUCAUGCUCAAGCCAAAGUCUGGAAGACCACUCAGGGUAGAUGGCCCAAAAAGUCUGCCCAAAUGUUGCUUCAGCUUCUGCAUAAUGCUUUCAGCAAUGGUGUAUACAAGGAUAUUAAAGGCGGAGAAGCUAGCCGUUUGUAUAUAAAACACAUUCAGGUUAACCAAGCUCCUAAAAUGCGACGCCGUACUUACCGUGCUCAUGGUCGAAUUAAUCCUUACAUGUGUUCACCAUGCCAUGUAGAGGUCAUACUUGCCACAAAAGAUGAUAUUGUUCCUAAAGUCCCUGCAGCUGCCCCACAGCUAUUAAAGAAGAAGGAGUCCAAGAAGAAGAUGAAGAGACAACUGAUGAAAGAAAAUGCUGGUUUCUAAUUUUCUUAAUAUACAUGACUGGAUAAUUCAA